GUAAAGCCAACGGCUAACCGUCUGUGUGUUUGUCGCAACUCUGUCAUAACGUAAUGGCAACCCAAGCCAAGUCUCCAACUCUCUUCCCUCAUCAGUUUCAAUGCUCCCUUUGCUCUCCUACUUCUCUGCCACUUCUCAAUGGUGGGUCUUUCAAGUUCACGGCUCAAACUCUCCGUAGAAAGCCUCUCAGUCUCAGACUUACCGCCAGCAGAUCAAACGCCAAUGAGCCACAAGAUGAUUAUCUGAUCGAUGCUCCUGUUUCAGCUGGUGAUGGCUUUUCUUUUAGUGGGGGAAAAUAUUCAGAUGAGCCAAACCCCUCUGAUGAAUGGUUUAAGCAAGGGAAAUUUGUUAAAGCUUAUCCAGUAGGUGGCACUGGUGAGAAAGCUAAAGAUCCAAUUUUUGGACUAACCAUGGGAGCUGGCUCUCAAGCUUCAGGUGAUGUUUUCAGAUGGUUUAGCGUGGAAAGUGGAAAAGCUGAUAAUCCUACGGUUAUUUUGAUUCAUGGUUUCCCAUCACAGGCAUACUCUUAUCGCAAAGUCCUUCCCGUUCUAUCCAAAAAUUAUCAUGCUAUCGCUUUUGAUUGGCUAGGUUUUGGAUUUUCAGAUAAGCCUCAACCCAGAUAUGGAUUUGACUACACACUGGGUGAAUAUGUUUCAGCAUUGGAAUCCUUUGUUAAUGAAGUUGCUGCUGAUAAAGUUUCACUUGUUGUCCAAGGCUACUUUUCACCAGUUGUUGUUAAAUAUGCCAGCAACCAUCAGGAAAAGCUUAAUGAUCUAAUUCUCCUCAACCCUCCACUAACGGCCAAACACGCCAACCUUCCCUCAACAUUAUCCAUAUUCAGCAACUUCUUGCUGGGUGAAAUUUUUUCUCAGGAUCCUUUGAGGGCCAGCGAUAAGGCACUGACGAGCUGUGGUCCAUAUGCAAUGAAAGAGGACGAUGCAAUGGUUUAUAGAAGGCCUUAUCUUACAUCUGGUUCUUCAGGGUUUGCACUAAAUGCAAUUAGUAGGGCCAUGAAAAAAGAGCUUAAGGCAUAUGUGGAAGAUACGAAAGCAAUUCUCACGGAUAAAAAUUGGAAAGUUCGAACUACGGUGUGUUGGGGCCAGAGGGACCGUUGGCUAAACUACGAUGAAGUGAUAGAUUUCUGCAAAAACUCAAACCAUAAACUGAUUGAGCUUCCAAUGGCAGGGCAUCAUGUCCAGGAAGAUAGUGGUGAAGAACUUGGCGGGAUAAUUUCAGGACUUAUCAGCCGAAGGAUCAUAACAUGAUAAGUUACAAUUUUUUUAGAGCUACCAAUAUACUCCAAACAUCAAUUUUUUAUCGUUCAGGAGAUAUAUUUUAUAUGGAUUAUGCAUUUAAUGCUUGUAUUGCAAACAAUACAUGAAUGAACUGUGUUCACAUUCCUGUGACAAGCCAAU